AUGGCGAAGUUAUCCCAUCACCUGAAGAAAGGCAAUCAAGCUGUAGGGGGGACUCCUCGGAUGGAGAUGAUGAUGAUGGUGACACAUCCAGCUGGUCAACAGGCACGACCGCCAGUUAGGGAAUGGCAUACGCCAAAGAAGGAAGGGGUGAACUGGCCGGGGGGUCAUCCCAAACCGGUGCAACAGCAGGUGCACCAUGCAGCUGGGAAUUCGUACCCUGCAUGA